AUGGCGUUCCGUUUCGCAACAAGACGAACGGUCAACCUAACCCCACGCAUCGUCAACACGACGGCAAGACCAGUCACGCGCAUUCCCUACCGACUACGAAAUCACAACGCCUUUGCGACCCGUUCGCCAGUACUCCGAGCUACCCCUCCUCGACGAACCUCACGACUCCAGAACCCUCAGCGCGUCGCUGCUACACGAUACUGCUCCUACAAGAGAAGUAUGUGCAGACACGGAGAGCAUGGCGGCGCUGGCACGCUGAACUACCCUCGGGAACAGCUGCCUACCAACGUCGUCCCGCGCCACUACGAUCUUACUCUUGAGCCCAACUUCGAGACGCUCAAGUUCGAUGGCUUGGUGAAGAUUGACUUUGACGUGGCGGAGGACUCCAACACUAUCUCUUUGAACACCCAUGAAAUCGAGAUCAAGAACACUUCAUUGUCCUUCUCUGUCGAAGGACAAGAGAAGAGCCUUGGCGAACCAGUCGUCACCUACGACGAGUCGAAGCAAUGGCACAGCUUCGAGUUCAAGGAGAAGCUCACCAAAGGCGGCAAGGGUACCCUCGAGAUCAAGUUCGUCGGUGAGCUGAACGACAAAAUGGCGGGUUUCUACCGCUCAUACUACAACAAGCCGGAUGGCACUAAGGGUAUCAUGGCCACCAGCCAGAUGGAGCCUACCGACGCCCGCAGAGCCUUCCCUUGUUUCGAUGAGCCAGCACUCAAGGCCGAGUUCACCGUCACGUUGAUUGCUGACAAGGCCCUGACCUGCCUUUCCAACAUGGAUGUGGCUGAAGAGAAAGAUUUGCCCUCUGGAAAGAAGGCUGUCAGCUUCAACAGGUCUCCCGUCAUGUCCACCUACCUCGUUGCCUUCAUCGUCGGCGAGCUUAAUUACAUCGAGACCAACGACUUCAGAGUACCCAUCCGAGUGUAUGCUCCGCCUUCCGAGGACAUCGAGAGAGGCCGUUAUGCCUUGGAUAUCGGUGUCAAGGCCUUGGAGUUCUACGAAAAGGCCUUUGGUCUUCCUUACCCUCUGCCUAAGCUUGACCAGGUUGCCAUUCCUGAUUUCGCCGCUGGCGCUAUGGAAAAUUGGGGUCUGGUCACCUACCGUACUGUUGAAGUCUUGUUUGACGACAAGACCAGUGGUGCCGCAGCCAAGGAGCGAGUUUCGACAGUCAUCACUCACGAGAUUGCUCACCAGUGGUUCGGAAACAUUGUGUCUCCGGACUGGUGGCACGCUCUGUGGCUCAACGAAGGCUUCGCCGAGUUUGCGUCUCGCUAUUCCAUGAACGCCUUCUUCCCCGAGUGGAAGCUCAAGGAGUCUUUCGUCAGGGAAGAUCUUCAGGCAGCAUUGGGUCUCGACGGACUCAGGAGCAGUCACCCUAUUGAGGUCCCCAUCCACAAGGCCGAGGAGAUCAACGAGAUCUUCGAUAGUAUCAGCUACGCGAAGGGCUCCUGUGUUGUCCACAUGCUUUCGGCAUUCCUUGGAGAGGAUGUAUUUAUGGAGGGUGUCCGCAAGUACCUUAAGCGUCACGCUUGGGGCAAUGCCACUACGAAUGACCUGUGGCAAGCCUUGAGUGAGGCUAGCGGCAAGGACGUUGGCUCCAUCAUGAACAUUUGGACCCAGAACGUGGGAUACCCCGUCGUCUCUGUCACCGAGUCAGGCAAGUCAAUUAGCGUGGAGCAGCAUCGCUUCCUGACCACAGGAGACGUCAAGCCCGAUGAAGACAAGGUUCUCUACCCCAUCUCUUUGAACGUCCGUACGAAGGGGGGUGUCGACAAGGACUUGAUGCUCACUACUCGUGACACCAAAUUCGAGAUUGACGAUGCCGAGUUCUUCAAGAUCAACGCCGAUUCUACGGGAUUCUACCGUACCAAGUACGCUAUUGAUCGUCUGGAGAAGCUUGGAAACGCUGCGGAACUCCUUUCCGUCCAGGACAGAGUUGGUAUUGUGGCUGAUACGGCUGCUCUCGCAACCUCUGGCUACCAGAAGACCUCGUCUCUUUUGAGUCUGUUCAAGGCUCUUAGCCAGGGAGGCGAGGCCGAGUACCUGGUGUGGGACCAGAUCCUCACCCGUCUGGGCUCAAUCAAGAUGGCCUGGAUUGAGGAUGAUGCUGUCGUUGACAAGCUCACCGAGUUCCAGCGGGAAAUUGUCAGCAGUAUCGCACACAAGCUAGGAUGGGAGUUUUCGAGCAACGAUGGCCACGUUGAGCAACAGUACAAGGCUCUCACUUUUAGUGCGGCCGGUAUGUCUGGUGACGAGAAGGUUGUUGCUGCUGCUCGGGCCAUGUUCGAGAAGUUCGCGGCUGGAGAUAAGACGGCGAUUCACCCCAACAUCCGAAGCUCCGUCUUUUCAAUUGUUCUUAAGUUUGGCGGCGAGAAAGAGUAUGACGCCGUGUACAAGUACUACAAGACCGCUGAGACCGCCGACGAGCGCAACAGCGCUCUCCGAACCCUUGGCCAAUCCCGCGACCCCAAGCUCCGCCAACGCACACUGGAUCUUUUGCUGAGCGGCGAGGUUCGUGACCAAGAUAUUUACAUUCCGAUCGGCAGUCUGCGGUCGAGCAAGGGCGGCAUCGAGGCCCUGUUUGACUGGCUGCAAACGAGAUGGGAGGAGAUCUACACCAAGUUCCCUGCUCAAUCUUCCAUGAUUGGCAGCAUUGUGAGCUACUGCACAAGCGGGCUUACCAAGCAAGAACAGCUGGAUAAGCUUGACAAGUUCUUCGCGGAGAAGGAGAAGAAGGGUUUCGUGCGUGCUUUGUCGCAGUCCACCGACUCGGUCAAGGCCAAGAUCGCAUGGACUUCCCGUGAUACUGAGGAUCUGCGCAAACCCGUUCACCUUGAGCUGCCGCCAAUCCGUCCAACGUUCAUCCUUCACCUCAUCCCGCCCAACCGACCGUGUAUCUUGGCCGGUCUCGAAGAAAUCGAAUUUUCAUUGAGUUUGAUUAUCAAUUGCACCAUUGCUCACAUGGAGUCGAAACGAGUUUCGUCGUGGCAGGUCCGCGCCGAGGCCGGCGAGCCUUUUGCGGUGGUCCGGGUCCGCGACCUUCAUAGCACGAUCAAAGCCGGCACCGACGCUUGGGGCCGCAGGGGCAAGACGCAGCCCGUAGUUGUCUCCGCCGAGCUGUCAAUGUUCGAGCCCUUCGAGGCCGCUUCACUCGCGGACAAGGUCAGCGAUGACACGGUGCACUAUGGCCUCUUGGCCAAGGCGCUCCUCCGCAUACUGGACAACGUGAACCGCUACGAGGACGAUUUAAGCCUGGAAAACGCCAUGCAGAUGAUCUGGAACGCGUUGACUGGGUACCACGUCUCCGGGUCUGAGGCUGAUGGUCUCACGGAGCCGGCAUUCCUGAAGGACAAGCUGCCCAGAAUUCGCUACCUGGAUAUCUCCCUCGCCCUACCAAAGGCAUCGCUGCUCGGUAGUAGCGUGAGCCGGUCUUACUCCUUGGCCCAUGGCUUCCAUAAUGGUACCCAGGUAUGGGCGGUCUACAGCUCAAGUCUACGCAUCAACGAGCUGCGCGUGCCUACGCUCAUCGGAGUCAAUGACAACGAGAGACUAGCGAGGCAGGUUGUCGUGGUCAGUAUCGAGAUCGAGGGCUACAUUGGAAGGUCGGAUAAUUACGUCGAGAUCGAGUCCUUCGUUGUAAAGUCGUGGUACCAAAAGAUUCUGGGCGACUCUUCCUUUGAGACGCUUGAAGCCCUCGGUCCCGCUAUCACUACGGGGAUCAGGCGGUGCUACCAAGAACGAUCAGAUAUUCAUGAGCCUCUCAACAAUCCAGCAGACUGGACUAUCAAGGUCGUCAUGGAGAAGCCGACUGCCAUCACCAUGGCCGCGGCCUCUUUUCGCUAUCGUGCCAUCUCUCCCCCUUGA